AUGCGUCGAUGCAAAAUGGGCUUGGGUAGAACUUGGAUGAUAUUGGGGCUAAUUGGCAGCGUCGCCUGCCUGGCUAGCGCUAUGCCCCAAGGGGCGGAUGACCAGCAGAUACUGCGCAACAAGGGGAGCACCUACCUCUCCAACGGAGCGGGACAGAUCAUUAGGGGUGCCGAUGGGAAGACCAUUUUGAUCGGUUCCGAUGGCCGUAGGAUCAUAGCCGAUGCCUCUGACUCCGAGGAGGAUGCCUCCCAGGACAUUGGUCUCAUCGGGGGCAGCAACAACAUCGUCAUCAAUGGCGGACAGUCCAGCAUCAUCACGAGCAAUGGCAAGACCCUGCAGUACGGUGCGGGUAACAUCAACUACAGCGGCUACAACGGGCACUCGAUCACCGUCGUGAAUGGCGUCAUCACGCUGACGGAGGGGGGCAAGCAGUACAGAUUCGAGGCGAAGCCGGCCAAUGUGGAGAAGCGGGAGACGAUUGACAUCAACGGCAAGCCGGCCACAGUGCAGUACUCGAACGGCGAUGUCAUUGUCGAGCUGGCCGAUCAGACGGUGAUCGCCAAGAUCGGCGAUAGCUCCUUCAUUGGUGAUCGCAACUCCUUCGAGAAUCGCGACAAGCUGCAAGCGGAGGCCAAACAGUAUGCCGAGAAAAUCCAGCUGCAGGUGCAGGAAGACCUGAAGAACAUGCUGCAGGGGAUGAGGGAGGAGCUCCAGAAGACUCUGGGCAACAUUCGCAUCUAGGCGAGUGAGUCCCCUAAAGGAUCUUCGCUAUGUACACAUGUACAUAUGUAUGUAUGUAAGCAUUCAGUAAUGAAGUUGGAACCACAAUAAAUGUAUCUAUAUCUUUGUUGCACCAAA